UGGCUGCUCCGCGAGCCCUGUCCUGUCUUCGAGGCGACGGCUUGGCACCUUUGCCCGGCGGGACCUGGGUCUCCACACCUGGGGCUUUCUGGUCCUCGGGAGGCUGCUCUCGGGCAGAGUUCUCGGGGAGGGUCCGGCCCUCAGGCGCCCCCACCCCAGUCUCACGGAUUGAGGUGCGGGGUUGGCGGGCUGGGAGAGGAAGGCUCCAGAAAAGAACAAGGCAAGGGAGAAACACUCUGCCUAAGAAGACAGAGGAGGGUCCGAGAGACGGAGGUGAAGCCAUGUGGCAGCUGCUGCUCCCGCUGGCCCUGGGGCUGGGCACCAUGGGCUUGGGCAGGGCGGAGCUCACGACGGCCCAGCACCGGGGCCUGCAGGUGGCCCUGGAGGAGUUCCACAAGCAUCCGCCCGUGCUGUGGGCCUUCCAGGUGACCAGCGUGGACAACGCGGCAGACACGCUCUUCCCAGCCGGGCAGUUUGUGAGGCUGGAGUUCAAGCUCCAGCAGACGAGCUGUCGGAAGAAGGACUGGAGGAAAGCAGACUGCAAAGUCAAGCCCAAUGGGAGAAAGCGGAAAUGCCUGGCCUGCAUCAAGCUGGACUCAAAGGAUCAAGUCCUGGGCCGGAUGGUGCACUGUCCCAUACAGACGCAGGUUCAACGGGAGCUGGAUGACGCCCAGGAAGCCCAGUGCAGCAGGGUGGAACGCGCCGGCGAGGACCCCCACAGCUACUACCUCCCCGGACAGUUUGCCUUCAUCAAAGCCUUGUCCCCCUGAGCUGAGGCCUGGCAGAAGUCACCCGGCUUCCUGGAAGGAAGGGAGGUCGCCAGUGAAAGCCCGCCUCCCUCCUCUGAGCCCGGGGAGGGGCCACCCCCUGACCCCUGAUCUAAUAAAGCUGUGCUCAGCUGA